CUGGAGCGGCGCCGUCCGCUCUGAGGGUUCGCGGCCAACCGCUGCUUCGGAGGCCUCGCCGCUGCCAUCACAUUCCGCAGCCGAGAGACCAUGGUGGGCCGGAACAGCGCCAUCGCCGCCGGCGUAUGCGGGGCCCUUUUCAUCGGGUAUUGCAUUUACUUCGACCGCAAGAGACGGAGUGACCCCAACUUCAAGAACAGGCUGCGAGAACGAAGAAAGAAACAAAAGCUUGCCAAAGAGAGAGCUGGGCUUUCUAAGUUACCUGACCUUAAAGAUGCAGAAGCUGUUCAGAAGUUCUUCCUUGAAGAAAUACAGCUUGGAGAAGAGUUACUAGCUCAAGGUGAAUAUGAGAAGGGUGUGGACCAUCUGACAAAUGCAAUUGCUGUAUGUGGGCAGCCACAGCAGUUGCUACAAGUAUUACAGCAAACUCUUCCACCGCCAGUGUUCCAGACGCUGCUCACUAAACUCCCAACAAUUAGUCAGAGAAUUGUAAGUGCUCAGAGCUUGGCUGAAGAUGAUGUGGAAUGAAGAAUUUCAACAUAAUAAAAUCUCACUUCAAAAUAUUUUUAAAAUUCUUAACUUGGAAACUGAGCAGCUCUGGGGGAAAAAGGGCAAAUAAGCUUGUUGUGGACUGUCCUACACUGAAAUCUACCAAAGUUCAUGUUUGCUUUGCGUAGAUUCAUUUGUCUGUUUUAUUUAUUUUCCCAGUGAAAAGUGUAUUUUGUAGAGAGCU